AUGGCAGCAAAUGCACUAGCUAAGGAUUCGCGGAGUGCCCCUCCUCCUGAAGAACAGCGAGGGCCCCCUAUUCACGCACUUCUGGAGCCCCCACUCGCCGCUGCGGUUACCUCGACGUCUUCGGAGCCGACCGCCUCUGAACCGAACGUACAGCCGGCUGGAUCGGCAGCAGCACCCCUUCCGCGUUCCCCUAUACCUGCCACAGUAUCAGUUGCGAGGGCUCCGGCGGUUGAAGGCGCAGGAUCUGCACCCGCACGAGCAGCUGCGACAGGGGCCCUUACUCCGUUGACAGACUUUGCAGCAGCAGCAAGGGCAGCAGCGGCGAGGGGUUUUGCGGAAAGCCCAGCGUUAAACCGUGUUCGACUAGAGGCGGAGUGCGAGUUCGUACAGGCUCUGCUUGGGCAGGGAGAUGACUGCAGUCGACAGCAGGCGAUCCACGAGCAGCUCCUGCAGCAACUGGGAGCGCUGCUGCAGGGGGUGUCUCAACAGCCACCGAACAAAACGCACAAGAAGCUGCGUCAUUUGGGAAACCGUCCUCUAACGCCCCCUGUCUUGAGCGUGCCGCAGACGGCGCUGCUUCUGAAAGCCUUGCUGUCGCUGCCGCUGCUCGCUGCGUCUCCUUCCUUCAGGACUGAAUUGCUGAAGGAGCAUCCACUGCUGCAUCUCGCGGUGCAGUCAGUAGCUGCCCAUUGCGACUCUCUGCGGGCGUACCCUGCAAAAGACGCGCUGCUCUUGCUGCUCGUGAUGCCUCCGGAGCAGCAACAGCAAAGGCUGCGGCAGCACAGACUCCUGGUUGCCCGUCUUGUGCAGCGCGUGCUGCUCAUAGGCGGCGAAUUGCAGCAGCAGCACCAGCAGCACCUGCUUAUGCUUCCAUUUUUGCUGUUGGCAAAGGACCCCUACUUCGCACAACAGGAGGGCCUUUGGCAGCAGCUGCUGCAGCAACAGCUCGCUGGGGCAGCGAACGGUUUGCUUCUGCUGCAGCCGCAGCAGCAACAGGAAGCCGCCAUCUCGUGGGUGCUGCAGUGCUUGGCGACUGCAGCGCAGACUGCGGCGGCUGCUGCUGGCAGCAGCGACUGCAGCAGCAGCAGCCACCGUCUGCGAGACAGCUCCUUUCUGUACGACACGGUAUCGCGCUAUCUGGGCGUGGAUUGGCUACUUGCAGCAAGCCCCACUGCUGUCGCUGCAGUGCUGCUGCAGCUCAGCAAGCUAGGUGCUCUGGAAGCUCCUUUCUUUGCUGCAGCCGUCGAAAGCUUGCUUUCUCAUGCGGAGCUGCAUCACGAGGAGCAGCUGCUGCAUCUACUGCGGCUGCUCGUCAUUUGCAAGAACUACUACAACAGCAGAAUCGGACCGCAAGGAGCGGCGGCAGCAGCAGCCGAAGCCGCCGCUGCCGCUGCUGCUGCAUGCGAUAAAGGCGUGCUUGGCACCACGGAGCUGUCUCUGCACACAGCAGGAGGUCAACUGCUCUGUCACCCUGUGUAUACAGAGCGAUGCCGCAUGCUGCUGCGCCUCCUGCGUUUACGAGUUUCGCUUAGGGUGCAAGCAGCAGCGGCUGGGGCAGCCAUUGAGGAGGGGUUUGCGCUGAGUCGCUUGUUGCCGCCGUCCUCUGCCUUUCGAUCCACACUGUUGCGCCGAUGCUGCAGCGGGUUGUUGCUGGAGCUGCAGCAACCGCAGCAGUUUGCGAAUGCGCUGCUGCUGCUCAGCAGCCUAGGAGUUGGUCAUGGGUCGUCUGUUCGCUUUGCUGCGGCAGCCGCGGCAAGCCGCUUCCUCCCAGCACUUCAGCCGCAGCAGUUUGCUGCUUUGUUGUUGCAGAUGCCCUUCGCCAACACGCUUGCGGCUGUGGUUGCUGCGCACAAGACCGCCAAGUCUGCUGCUGCCACGGCUGCAGUGCAGAUGGUCACUGCCGCGCUCUUGCAGCAGCAGCAGCUUGGCUGGAGGGCUCAGAGCUCCUCCUCCUCAGCGCCAGCUCUUUCGCUGCCGGAAGCGGCAGCCUCAGCAGAGGCGCUACCAUCAGGCGGCUAUGAUGGCGAGAGCGGCUCGGUUGCCUCAUGUAAAGCUGUUGCCCCCGUGACAGCGGAGGCAGCGGCCCUUGCAGCUGCUGAUGUUCAGGUGUCUCUACUGCACAAAAUGCGGCAAAUGGGCUUCCACCGCUUCUCUCCGGAAGCAGUGGCUGCGUGCUGCUGCGCUGCAGUCGCUGCUGGUGCACAUGGCACUCCAGAAAUCUCGAUGGCAGGAAGCGGAGGCCUAGCAAGCCUCUCACUGCCGCAGCUGACUGUCGUUGCCGAGUGCUUCGCUCUCACGAGCUGCAGUCUGCCAGAGUCGCUUCUCGCUUCCAUCCUGAUGCGACUUCGCGCUUCGGGCGGUGCAGCUGCACCAGGAACGAUUGCUGUGCUCUCUAGGCUUGCUGCAGCUGAGCUUGCGCCUCACUGCGGCAAUACAGUACAACCAACACCGGCUGGAAAGCUUGCCAACUUCCAAAGGUUGCCUCCAGCUGCAGCAGCGGCGGCAGCAGCAGCGGCAGCAGCAGCAGCCUCCACUGGCACAGACGUAACAGCAGCAGCGGCUGCGGCUGCCAGUGUUGCUGCUACGGCUGAGCAACUCCUGCAGCUGCUGUUGCGGCUUGGGGAGCGGCAGCAGAUGGCAGCAGCGGAGGCUCUUGAUCUGCUGUGGGCUGCUGCUGCGGGGGGGGCCGUCGCAGCUGCAGAGGACCUUCUUCUUCGCACGAUUCGACUCUGGCAAGUCGCGCAACUCUGGGAAUCGAGCUUUCCAUGCAUUCGCUACAGGUGGCACUCCUUGAGAGACGACAGAGCCGCAUGCCUUCGACUGUAUGAGGUCGUUUGUCUCCUUGCGGCGGAUGCACCCGCAGCAGCAGCAGACGCCCUCAGCCUCCUGGCUGCCGCUAGCGCCUUGCCGGAGCUUCAGCAGCAAGAUUUCUCGCCGCAUGCCGCACAAAUAGCAGCAGCACCAGCACCCCCAACGGGAGGAUUCGAUAGCCAGAGCAUGCAGAACGAGUGGGGGCUUUCGGGUGAUGGGGUUGCAGGAACUGCGCAUGCGGCCAUGCCCACAUCCUCAGCGGCUACGAUGCGCUUACCUGCAGCAACACUCGCUACAGCAGCCGCACCAGAUCCUAAGGACUAUCUGCUGCUCCGGCAGCCACUGGACGGGGGACCAGAGACUCUAGAAAAGGCUGCGAACUCCUCAAUCCUUUCUGAGCUGCAGAUGCGUAAGCGACCGAGUCUGCAACUGCAUGCGUCACACGGAGCGGCGAGGGCAAGUAGGGUGUGGGUCCUGGUCUUUGAAGGGGGACGUGCAUGCUUUGAGGCUUGGUUUUCGUUGCAGCUGGAAGCUUGUGCUGCAUUUGGCCGUCUCUUGGCGUCUCUUCCUGUCUCGGCAUUCUUCCAUCGCGCUGCAGCGGCAGCAGCAACUUCGAAUGCUAAUUUAGCAGCAGGAGGACCGCGGCGUCCCUGGGUUACCCUUCAUGCUGAUUCCAGAGGCAGCAGCAGCAGUAGGAGCAGGAUGCUGGAGUGCUUGACGACAGGCGGCUUUUCUUUGCUGCCUACAGCAGGAGCUGAGGCGACACCGGACUGGGGUAGCGAGGCAUGGGGUGUGGGGUUGCUCUUGGUGCAGGAAGAGCGAGACUUGUGCUAUACUCCGCUGGUACUGCUGCAACGCCGCCACAGCGCCCUUUCUUUAUCCCUCUCUUGCCGGUCCUCCAUCCAGCACCAACAGCGGCAGCAGCUCCUGUUGCAGGAAAUGCAGCGCCUAGGGCAGGCGCUUCAUACGCAUCAACAUUUGUUCCAGCAGCAGCCCUUCAGGCUCAAACCGCGAUUUGCGCUGCGGCUGAGGAUUCUACGGGCGCUCAUGGGCUGGCAUGUUAUCUGCAUAAAUGCAUCACGGGCAGCUGCGCUGCUGCAACCGGAGGCGGAGCCGCUGCUUUUGCAGCGGCUGGCAAGGGCGGCGCGAGAAGCCCCGCUUCCCUCCCCCCUUUCAGCUGUAGCAGCAGCACAUUCAGUUGAAGCAGCGGUAGAAGGGGCUACCUGGGAGACAGCGCGCGAUCCUAAGGCGUUGCGGGCGCUGGCUGCCAUCCAGCUCCAGCGGGAACUCGCAGUUGUGAUAGAUGCAGUUAAGCGUGCUUUCCAGCUCUGGCAGCCCUUUCCUGCAAGGGCAGAGGCGGUCCAGAAUGAGGACGGGGGAGGGAAGGCAGAGCGGCGGAAUGCCCUGGAAGAUCCUAGCACUUCUUUAGGCAGCAACAAGGACUGCGCUCCCAGUGGGUGUCAGCCUUGGCGACAAUUCAAUUACAUGGUUAUAUUUGUACCAGGCAAAUGCGCCACCUGGAACGAAGGGGAUAGACACACAGUGUACUCAUCCCCUCGCGGCCUGGUAGUGGACCCUUCCCCCACAUGUCAGGUGUUUCUCCCAACUUAG